AUGAUGCUCAGCAGUUCGGUGGAUGUUCCCAGCCCAGGGGGGAUGAGUGCGGCGGCAGCCCGGAACGUGGUGCGGAGCUCCAGUAUCAGUGGGGCCAUGUACAGCUUGGAAAAGAGCCCUGGAAACGGAGGCCCAGACGCGGCAGGCCUGGCCGGAAACAAGAAACGCCGCUCCAGCUUGGGAGCCAAGAUGGUGGCAAUCGUUGGCCUGUCACAGUGGAGCAAGAGCACCCUGCAGCUCAACCAGCAGGAUGGAGGGACAAAGAAGCUACGCAGCACUAUUCGGCGGAGCACGGAGACAGGGAUUGCUGUGGAAAUGAGGAACCGUGUCACGCGGCAAGGCAGCAAAGAGUCGACAGACGGUAGCACCAAUAGCAACAGCUCAGAUGGAACGUUCAUCUUCCCUACCACACGCCUGGGCCCAGAAAGUCAGUUCAGUGACUUUCUGGAUGGCCUUGGCCCCGCCCAGAUAGUAGGACGGCAGACGUUAGCCACACCUCCAAUGGGUGAUGUGCAUGUAGGAGUAGUAGACAGAGGAGGUCAGAUAGAAGUGGAGAUUAACCAGGCUCGAGGACUGAUCCCUAAACCUGGUUCAAAGAACGUUCCAGCAACAUAUGUAAAGGUGUAUGUUUUGGAAAAUGGAGCUUGCUUAGCCAAGAAGAAGACCAAAGUGGUGAAGAAAACGCUGGAUCCCACUUUCCAACAAUCACUGCUGUUUGAUGAGAGUCCUCAAGGCAAAGUCUUACAGGUGAUUGUGUGGGGUGAUUAUGGGCGCAUGGACAACAAAUGCUUUAUGGGCAUGGCUCAGAUCCUUCUGGAAGACCUGGACCUGUCCUCAAUGGUUAGCGGCUGGUACAAGCUGUUCCCCACCUCCUCUCUGGCCGACCCCAGCAUAGGUCCGCUGACGCGCCGGCUCUCCCAGUCCUCACUGGAGAGUGCCACCAGUCCCUCUUGCACUUAG